GAACGUCCCAUCUCUGGAUGCUGGAGCGCAGAGCGGCAGCAGCUCAGUCAGUCAGUCCGUCGCUGCAGUCCGACAGAGCGGCGGAGCGGCAGAGCGGCAGCGCGGCCACUCAUCAACGGGGAGCUGUGACGCUCUGUGGAUCUGAAUUAACGGUUCACGCUUCGCUUGGAAAACCGGGGAGGUUAUGACGGUGUAACUCGCGUGGACAUGAGGACAACCGACACGGGGACUUCUUUCACCAGGAGGACCGGGAUUCCUGACUGGCAUCGAUUUUCACCGAGCGAAUGAGAAAGGUGGUGAUGCAGCACAAGAGACCGUCUCUCGAAUCGCCAUGACCAUUUUCCCGCUGACCCGUCUCUCCUCCGCUGAGGGACACUGGCCUUUUUCUGUUUCUGGAUUUAUCAUUACCGGGAUGAGAUAAUAACGUCAACCAGCUUGUGCAUGCUGCUACAACAACACCUGUGGCACUUGUGAACCUACCCCACCCACCCUUGACCCCCCUCCCCCCCUCCCCUCCUCGAGCAGAGAGUUCACUUCAACAGCCGAAAACAUGACGACCCCGGCGCUCCUGCCGCUGUCGGGCCGCAGGAUACCCACUUUGUCGCCAGGAGCCUCCUCUUUCCCGCAUCACAGGGCCACGUUGAGGCUCUCUGAGAAGUUCAUCCUCCUCCUCAUCCUCAGUGCCUUCAUCACCUUAUGCUUCGGGGCCUUCUUCUUCCUCCCGGACAAUUCCAAGCACAAGCGCUUUGACUUGGGCUUGGAGGAUGUGCUCAUCCCUCAUAUUGACCCUCCCAAAGAGGGGAAGCAUGCGUCUGGACAGGUGGUCAUACAUGGACAGGGAGCACAUGAUGAGCACAGACACAGGGAGGAGGAGGAGAGCCUGCGGGACAAGAUCCGGGCAGACCACGAGCGGGCACUGCAGGAGGCGAAGGAGAAGCUGAGGAAGUCCCGCGAGGAGCUGCAGGCUGAGAUUCAGACGGAGAAAAACAAAGUGGUGGAGGACCUGAAAAAGAAGGACGUAGGGCCCAAACCGCUGCCUCCUGUUCCGAUGCCCAAAGUGGUGGGCGUCAGUGACGGAGAACCGCCUGAGCCUGACGUCAAAGAGAAACGAGACAAGAUCAGAGAGAUGAUGAAACAUGCGUGGGACAGCUACAGACAGUACGGCUGGGGCCACAACGAGCUGAAGCCCCUCGCCAAGAAAGGACAUUCCACAAACAUCUUUGGCAACUCCCAGCUAGGAGCGAGCAUUGUGGAUGCUUUGGACACCCUGUACAUCAUGGGUCUGCACGACGAGUUCAAGGACGGACAGGAGUGGAUCGAGCAGAAUCUGGACUUUGGAGUGAAUGCCGAGGUGUCCGUCUUUGAGGUCAACAUUCGUUUCAUCGGAGGACUCCUGGCCGCCUACUACCUCUCUGGACAAGAAGUUUUCAAACUGAAGGCGGUCCAGCUUGCCGAGAAGCUGCUCCCUGCCUUUAACACCCCCACAGGAAUCCCCUGGGCCAUGGUCAACCUGAAGAGUGGCGUUGGUCGUAACUGGGGUUGGGCGUCAGCUGGCAGCAGCAUCCUGGCUGAGUUUGGGACUCUGCACAUGGAGUUCGUCCACCUCACCUACCUGACAGGAAACCCUGCGUACUACCAGAAGGUGAUGCACAUCCGAAAGCUGCUAGCCAAAAUGGACCGACCCAACGGGCUCUACCCGAACUACCUGAAUCCUCGAACAGGCCGCUGGGGCCAGCAUCACACCUCAGUCGGUGGACUCGGGGACAGCUUUUACGAGUACCUGCUGAAGGCGUGGCUCAUGUCCGACAAGACCGACACUGAAGCUCGCAAGACCUACGACGACGCAAUCGAGGCCAUCGAACGCCACUUGGUUCGCAAAUCAAACGGCGGUCUGACGUUCAUCGGCGAGUGGAAGAACGGCCACCUGGAGAGGAAGAUGGGCCACCUGGCGUGCUUCGCUGGUGGCAUGUUUGCGUUGGGUGCCGACGGCUCACCCGACGACAAGGCGGGACACUACCUGCAGCUGGGCGCCGAGAUCGCACACACCUGCCACGAGUCCUACGACAGGACGGUGCUGAAGCUCGGCCCGGAGGCCUUUAAGUUCGACAGCGGUCUGGAGGCGGUGGCCGUGCGGCAGAACGAGAAGUACUACAUCCUGCGGCCCGAGGUCAUCGAGACUUACUGGUACAUGUGGAGGUUCACCCACGAUCCCAAGUACCGGCAGUGGGGCUGGGAGGCAGCGCAGGCCAUCGAUAAGUACUGCAGGGUGAGUGGAGGUUUCUCAGGCGUAAAGGACGUCUAUUCCUCCAACCCGACCUACGACGACGUGCAGCAGAGCUUCUUCCUCGCAGAGACACUCAAGUAUCUGUACCUCUUGUUCUCCAGCGACGACCUGUUGACGUUGGAGAGCUGGGUCUUCAACACGGAGGCUCAUCCGCUCCCCGUCCUCCACCUGGGCAACAUCACCCUGCCUGGCAGCGAGCCAGCUCAGCGGUAAACGGACGGGCCUCCUCUUUACUCCACCACUGCACCAGGGGGCGCCACCUGUCUGCCCACCUGCCCAAAAAAAAAAACCAACCCAACCCACCAACACUGGACAAACUUACAUUCAGCUCUACAGACUGUCCUCUGCUUUUGGACUGCAGACACGAACAGAGGAGACGGAGAGAGAGCCUCUUCUCCUCCUCCUCUGUUACCUUUCGGGCUCUCUGUCCGUCUCUCUGGCAGACGGUGGGUUUGCUGCUCAGCCUCACGACUGGCUUGAAUUGACUCUUUUCUCUGAAGGACCGAGCUCCAGAACAGGACGCUUAAUAUUUUGUUAUUAUUUUUAGUGUUUCUUUGAGAUUUGACCAAACUUUCCUCCCGUACGGACUCCAGCCUGAGAGUGCUUAUGGGAUUACUUGUGAAGGAUGGCUCCGUCAGUUUGACUCUGCGCUGACUGAAGUGUCGUUUUUUCCACACAGACAGACUUGAGGACUUUACAGGGUCUGUUACGAGGUGUGUGUUUUUUAUUUUAUUUGGACAGAUCCAUGAUGGGGACACAGGGUUGAAUCAAAGCCCUUCGAUUUUCUCCCUCUCCCCCCCCCCCCUGCUCCCCCUCCUGUUUAAUCUUCAUCGGACGAACUUUGACCUGGAACUGAUCGCAGCUCCUCACAUCAUCAGAGCAAGGUCCGGUUACAGUCCUCCCCUCCUCCUCCUCCUCCUCUUCUAAUCCUCCUUUUUCAGAAAAGUGGACCAUUGUAAGUGGAUCAGUAGGACAGCAGCAGGCCUCCCUCAUCUUCUCAUCGUCACUCCACAUAUUCCCGCUCUCUCUCCUCCAGUUUGAGACGCCGCCAGGUCACAACUUUCCCCCUGAACCCUCUGCUGCUACUCGUCUGGAUGCUGCUUUCUCCGCUCUCUUCCUUCCUCUUGUUUCCAGCCUUUUCAUGAAUCACUCCCGAUCGUUUCCACAGAGAGGCGAGAAGCCGGAUGGUUUUUGUACGAGUGUGAGUGUGUGGUGGUUGAAUAACCUCUGCUGUAAAUCAUUAUCUGUGCACUUUGUUUGGGAAGAAGAGGCCGGUGGAGGUGUAGCACUGAAAGAGCUGAAUAAAUGAAGACCCCUCCUGUUGUCUCCCCGCUGAGCCGCCACGCCACAUCUCUCUCUGUUCAAACCCCAUAUCACCAGUUCAUCCGCCGGACCGUGAGCUCCUUCUCCUCCCAUCAUUCUCAUUUUCUACUUCCAUUUUUCACACCUUCUCCUCAUGCCUACGUUUUAAACUCUACCUCUUCUGUUCACAAUGAAACAUCUAUAAAAACUCUGAGGCCUUCUGUCUCAGGGUUCCCGUGAGACUCUCCUCUCCAGCAGAGUAAAACAUGAAAGGGUAAGUGUUUCAUGAACCUGGUCCAAGUUUUAAACCACAAAGGACUUUUGAUUUUGCUCCAGGAUGGUUGGUGUGGUGUUUUCAGCCAACAUACAGUUAAAUAACUCGAUGCAGAGGUAGACCAGAGACUCCCACGUUCUCCAAGCUAGAAUAACUUUAUAUGAAAGUGUCUCAUGGCUUCAAUGGCGUGAUAUAACAGCUCUACCCGGCUUAAAAAAGCAUCUUUCUCUUGAAUUAAAAGGUCUAAAACCGUCAAACUAGUAAACUCAAUCUGAGCGUGUCAGAGAUAAAACAUGACCUUUGUUUUGAAUACUAAUUUUGCACAUUCAGGACUUGGUCUCAGCCUAAUUAGCUCAUAUCACGGCUGCAGACUGAAACCAUCAUGAACUUUUUGGAUGAUUUUGUCAUUUGGACCCAGAUUUAGAAAUAUAACAAUCAACACCAAAACUUUUUAAAUGUGGAAGUUUUGAAUCUCUUUAAAGUUUGAUUUAAGAUCAGCUGUUGAAUUUACUCUGAAUGGAUGCAACACGUCCCUUUUCUGUCCCGUGAACGUAACCUGUUAAUACACAGACUGUCCCAAACCUGUUUCCCCAAAUAACAUAUCUAUUAAACAUCGAAUUAUCCAUAUCAGUAGAGACACUGAACAUGAGUGAAGUCUGGAGUGUUCAAAAAGAAUACUUGGCAGGUUUUGUUUUUGCAGUUUCGUGCACACAGCCCCCGCUGAGUCGCCGUAACUCUCCUCCUCACUUUAAGGGUCUUAAGGUCAGAGUUGUCGUCUCGCUCUGUGUGCCCAGGUUUAUCAAGCGCUUGGUCUUGUUGACAGAAGUCCGAGCCACCACACGCCACGCUGUCCGCUCAGUUAGCAGCACAGUCUCACGUUAUCGCUCCUGACACCGCUCUCUCUGCAGCUUCCAGAGCAGGAGGAGGGACGGACCGCUCCAGAGACUUCAGUCUGUGGAACGAUGUUAGGUUAGAGAAAGAGGAAGACGACACAAAGUUAACACGUCUCACUUUAGGAAGCCAUCAGCAGUGAUUUUAGGCUUUAGGAUUUUUAAGGUUUGAUGUAAAUCUCACUCCCAGUCAUAAACCAAAAGUGUGGUUGCAGAAAAAGCAUCUUCUUCCUGUUAUUAAAAGCUACAGAUUAUCUUGUGCAAGGCCCCACAUGACACGACAUUCAACAUCUCAAAUGUAAACUCAAACAUCAUCAGCAUCAGACUUUAACCUGUGGUGCAGGAAAGUCAGAAGAGAAGAUGCAGAUUUAAAAUGUGAUGACUGCAUUCUUUAGAUGGCAUCAUAAAGCAUCAGACAGCUCAGUGAGAUUAUAAUCAACAGAUUAAAGAAGUGAGAUUUCAGGGGGUUAAUUUAGAAAAAGAAAUAAGGAAAUCAUAACAUGUUGUUGCUUUAACACCAACGCCAAAUCCAACAUGCUUCAUCCGCCAAAUGCUUCUAAACCAGGCCUUCUCUCCUCUGUGGAAGAAGUCCCUUCAUAAAGUUAGUGUGUUGAAACAGUCUUAAUUAAAGCUGUGUUUGGGAGAGAGAGGAGUGAGUGUGUUUAAAAAUGAUCUAACCUCGUACGUGAUCAUGUUGGAUAUAUAAAUUAGCGUGACACAUCUCUGAUGAGUCAAACCCUGAUGCGUCUCAGCUGACCCGUUAGAGCACAGAGCGAGGGUUCUUCACUAAAGACAACUUGUAUGCAGACGAUGAGAUGAAGAGUAGGAUUGCACUAAAGCAGGAAGAGUUUGUCAGUGUGUGUUUUGUUUCUUUUUCAAGCCUUAUUGUCAAAUGUGACGCCUUGGCCGAUACUGUGCUUUUUCACAUUCUUUGCUUUGUGUUUUUUUUAAAUACAUCGUGAUGAUUAUA